AUGGAUCCCAAUGAAAUACCUGCUGCGUCCUCCUGCCCUUCUGGCUCUAUGGCUGGGAGUAAGAUUGGAGCCCAGUGGGGGAUUGACAUGAGCCCCAGAAGAGCUACCCGUCGCUGUGACUGCCGCUACGACUGUGGUAUCUUUGACCAAAACCAGGACCAGGAGCCCUUCCGUCUCUUUCAGGAGGCCCACGAGUGCCACAAGUGUACCCUCUUCUCGGAACAAUGCAAGACCCUGCCUGCCGAGGGUGCCUCGAAGAUGGAGCAGGGCUCAAAUCUAAAGAGUCAAGAACUGGUAAGGAACGGGCUUGCCUCUCCCAAAGCCCGCAGCCCCGUCCAGAAGUUGACCUUUGAACCAGGAAUCAUCACCAAGCGCCCCAGCGGCUCUGCUGAUCAGUCAGUCCCCAAGCUCUUUGUCUCUGCCUUGGAUGCCAGCACCCUCGAGGAAGCAACCAACAAUUUCUCUUUCCAAGAAGACCUGCAGGCCCCCUUCCCUGAGCAGCAUGAUACCAAAGCUUCUGACCAGGACUCUGCCUAUUACGAGUGGCAGCAGAAGCUGGAGGCAGCUGAGGCUCUGUUGAUUCUGAGAGACUCUUUCCAGGCCCCUGCAGGCUCUGUCAUCUUGCUCGAACCCUGCGAGCCCUGCGUUGCACCAGCUCCUGCUGGAGAUGGAGAGCGCCAGCCUCCUAGUCCCUCUCUCCAGCCCAUGCUGGACAUCCCCAUUUCUCUGCCUGCUGGACACCCCGGGUGCACCUCCCCGUUGAGCUAG